AAGAGACCGCCGCCCUCUCAUUGCGCUCUCUCUCUCUCUUACUGUUCUCGAAUCUCAAAUCACCAUUGUACCUCGAUUCUCUCGCUUGCAAUGUUGAGAUUCGGUUCCUCGAGAGGAAUCAGGGCUGCUUUGGCCUCCUUCAAUGCUUCAGCUCCCUUUGCUUCGAGAUCAAUCCACUCACCGCCUUUUCCUACUGUAGCUGCUGAAGAGAUUUCAGUCUCUCAACCUGCAGAAGUGCUGAACUUGGUUCAGGGUAAAUGGAAAGCAUCUUCCAGUUGGAACUCAAUAGUUGAUCCCUUAAAUGGAUAUCCGUUCAUCAACGUUGCAGAAGUUCAGGAAGCAGAAAUAAAGCCAUUUGUAGAGAGCUUGUCUAGCUGUCCAAAACAUGGGCUGCAUAACCCACUCAGAUCCCCAGAAAGAUAUCUUAUGUUUGGAGAGAUAUCUGCAAAAGCGGCUCAUAUGCUUGGACAACCCGAGGUUGAAAAAUUCUUCUCAAGGCUUAUUCAGAGAGUUUCUCCAAAGAGUUAUACUCAAGCUCUUGGUGAGGUCCAAGUUACACGAAAAUUCCUGGAAAAUUUUUCUGGAGACCAGGUUCGCUUCCUGGCACGGUCAUUUGCAGUUCCUGGCAACCAUCUUGGACAGCAGAGUAAUGGCUAUCGCUGGCCUUAUGGUCCUGUUGCAAUUAUUACUCCCUUUAACUUUCCUCUGGAGAUCCCACUAUUGCAGCUGAUGGGUGCACUUUACAUGGGGAAUAAGCCAGUUUUGAAAGUUGAUAGCAAGGUAAGCAUUGUUAUGGAGCAGAUGCUUCGUUUGCUACAUAAGUGUGGGCUGCCUAAGGAGGAUGUGGAUUUCAUCAACUCUGAUGGUAUAACAAUGAACAAGCUUUUAAUGGAGGCAAAACCACAAAUGACUCUCUUUACUGGAAGCUCACGAGUAGCAGAAAAGCUGGCUGCUGAUUUGAAAGGGCGGGUUAAAUUAGAAGAUGCAGGUUUUGGCUGGAAAAUCCUGGGUCCAGAUGUACAGGAGGUUGAGUAUGUAGCAUGGGUGUGCGAUCAGGAUGCCUAUGCUUGCAGUGGUCAAAAGUGUUCAGCACAGUCAAUGUUAUUUAUGCAUGAGUAUGGAGGAGCAGAUUUGAUUCACGACACAGUAAAUUACUGUAGCAUAAGCAAAAACAAUUUUGCUUUGGUGACAAAAGAAAUUUUUGGCCCCUUCCAGAUUGUUACACAGUACAAGCAAGAUCAACUUAACAUGGUUUUGGAUGCUUGUGAGAGGAUGCAUGCUCAUCUAACUGCUGCAGUUGUAUCGAACGAUCAAUUAUUCUUGCAGGAAGUUCUUGGGAGAUCUGUGAAUGGGACGACAUAUGCUGGUAUGAGAGCAAGGACAACAGGAGCUCCCCAAAAUCACUGGUUUGGGCCUGCUGGAGAUCCGAGAGGUGCGGGAAUUGGAACCCCUGAAGCGAUCAAACUUGUUGUCUCCACAAUGGGAUAUGGAUUGGACACAGUCACAAUACUUGAGUGGUCCUCGCUUACAGGGACUUCAAGUGCCUUUGAUUAUAAUACUCCCCAUCAAGAUAUAAGGCUUUUCACUGGAGUGAUGAUAGAACAGGAGAAUGCAAGUGUUGAAUUUGAGGAUGAUGAAGAAGAGGACAACUUACAAAUUAAAAGCAUGACAUGUUUGAUAGAUGGUGAUGAAGGGGACAACCAAUUAAUUGACCCUUAUUAUUCUGACAAUGAGGAUAUCGUAUUAGAGGAUCCGCCGGCCGAUGAAUUUCAUGGAUAUGGAUGGAUUGAUGACUCGAUAAUGGAAAAUAUUCUUAUCGGUCCAAAUUUAAAUGAUGAUACAGAAGGUGACGACUUCACAUUCAGAAAGGGUGGUCUAUUUGAAAUUUGUUUUUACAAGAAAGAUAAUGAACAAGAAGAUGUCGGCGGUCACCAUGAUGGAAAUGCAAAGUGUCAUUGA